AUGUGGGGCAACUCAUCGGGCUACAACGCCAAGGGCAAAGGCAAAGGCCGCACGACUGCAUGGGAGUCGUCGUGGCCCACCGCCGCGGAUGGAAGCCAGUACAAAGGCUGGGGAGGCAAAGGAUGGACGGAGGGUGCCAGCAAGGGGUGGAGCAAAAGCAAAGAUUCCGCGAACUUCGGGCCCGGCUACGAGGCCCAAGAGUGGACGCAAACAAGCUGGACUCAACCGGAUCAGGAACAGAAGGGGAAGGGCAAGACAAAGGAGUACGUCACCAGAUUGGCAGGCCGCUACGCCUUUCCCAAAGCAAUCCUCCGCGCCUAUGCCGACGAGAACGGGAACGCCAUCUACACGGGACCGACCAGAACGAUCAAGAACACCUUCGACAAGGACCAGCUCAGACAGGGAUUGACUUCCAUGAACUCGGAAAUGGUGCGACGCCCCGCAGUUGGACUCAGCACGAUUUCAAGCUCCAUGCGCAUGCUCAAGACAUGUCUGGAAAGCGUGCCGAGCGAUGCGUCGUCAGAAGGCUCCGCCACGGAAAAGCUGACCAAGCUGGCAGACAUGCUCAACGAUGCCAAAGGUCACAACUUCAUGGAGGCAUGCGAGCUCCUCACCAAGGAACGCACCGGCAACGUGCAAGCCGACAAGCUCGCGCAAGCGGUUAACACCUGGUUGCGGUGGUUUCGAGAGAACAAGUCGUACCUCACCGGAACGUUGCCUGACAUCGUCAUCUUCGCCAGUGCCCUCUACCUCGGCAGCAUGCAGGCGUUGGAGGCGGUGACCAUGGCAAACGCUCUCACGAACUGGGCAAACAAGGUCCCGGCCACAUCGGCCAACCAAGCGUCCCUCGCAGAGUGGCAAAGAACGCCCAAGGACGUGGAAAAGCUGAAGACCUUCCUGGUGGCAGCAAUGGAACAGAGGCGCGCAGACAGCGCGGCUUGGCACAGACAAAGCGGCCUCGGUGGCGACAGCGACGACGAGGACCCAGAUGCAUGGGGAAUUCCGGGCGCGUCCAAGACGGAUUCCUCCAAGAAGCGGGCCAGAUCCUCAUCGUCUUCCAGCUCCAGCGAUUCCUCGGAAAAGAAGCGCAAGCGCGCGAAGAAAGCAAAGAAGGAAAAGAAGAAGUCCAAGAAGGAACGCAAGGACAAGAAGGCCGAGAAGGCAAGCAGAUCCCCUCGCAAGGAGAAAAAGGACAAGCCGACGGAGGAAAAGCCAAAGGAGGAAAAGCCGACGAAGAUGGAGGACAUCAAACCCGAUGAGAAUGUCAAGAAACCCAAAACCGAGGCAAGCAAGAACAACGACGAGUCCAGCACCAGCUCCGCGCCGGAAGGCUCCGAUGGCGACCACAAAGGAGAGCACCGCGUGGACAAGUGA